AUUGCAGACUGGCCUACAUUUCCCAUGAAGACAUGAGGCUUUGACAGGAAGCCACGUUUGCACUGCUUCCUGUAGUCGUCAAGGGCAUAGUGAAGUAAAAUACACAUGUGCUGAAAAGAAAGCUGUGUAUACAGUAAUUUUCUAACAUGGAUGGUUUUGGGUCAGAUUUUUCUGCUGGUGCUGGUGCUGGGAAGAUGGAUACCAGCACCAUCAUGGAGCAAGUAAAAGUACAGAUCGCCGUAGCUAAUGCACAAGAGCUCUUGCAGAGAAUGACAGACAAGUGCUUCAAGAAAUGCAUAGGCAAGCCUGGUGGGACUUUGGAUAAUUCCGAACAGAAAUGUAUAGCUAUGUGCAUGGACCGGUACAUGGAUGCGUGGAACACAGUGUCCCGAACCUACAACUCCAGACUACAGCGGGAAAGGGCACGCAUGUAAAGAUCACCUGGUAUAGAUCAUCUGUUGGUCAUCGGUCUGUCAGCCAAAUCCCAAACUUGCCAAACCUCUGAGGGUCUCGAACCCACUCAGGGUUGCUGGUGCAGUGACUUGGCAAUAUUUCAUUGACAUGGAAAAAAAAGGAACUAAGAAGAUUUAGUAUCGUAGCCAUAAAUAUUUACUGGCACACACACACGCUCACCAUCCCCUAAUCACAAAUCAAGAAGUAUAAUUGAAUACCUGUUCUUUUUCAAUGUCACUGUGUCCAUUGUCUCUUAAUUGGUGACAGGAUAUGUGGAUAUGUCUUUGAUUAACCUUGGCCCUUUUUUGUUGUUGAUUUUUUUAAAAAAAGAAUCUGCUUGGUCUUUAUGCAUCUGCCUGACUUCUCCAGUCCUCAAUGUGCCUGCUCCUCUAGUCAAACAUCUUCUAGUAGAGUAAGAUCAUUCAAACUUCGCCCAUCCAAUGCAAUGGAGUGUGCUCAAGUUUGGUCUCCUAAGGGGGCUUUGUCCCCUCCUCCUCCUUUUUCUCUGUCUGUGGCAUUUGGUGACGGCUCGCAUGAGAUGUGCGCUACCGCCGUCUGGAGUGCCAAGGGAACUCCAUUCAUUCUCAACCUAAAGUCUCCAAAGGCCCCCUGAGCGAAGGUCUCCUAAAGGGGCGUUCACCUGACAUCACAUGGAUCCAGGAAAUGCACAGACUUGAAGUAUCUUGCUGUUCUAGAAAAUGUUUGCUCUAGUUUUGUUGUUGACUUGUGUUUGCAGCCACAACUCUAGUCUCCAAGUCACAAUGGUACUUGACAAAGCUUACCACACCCUCUUACACUCAGAAAGUGGCUCCCUUUAAGUACAGUAUUUAGGGACAACUUUGUUUCAUAACUGUGUUUGGUGAACAAGCCGACACUCUGAUACCGGCCGCUGCAGAACAAACUCUAAUUGUCAGACGUGUUCCCUCUUUUUCUGUCACUGUAUCUGGCUGGCAACAUUAGCGAGUCUGUUUGAAAAACUGGCUGUCUUUGUCUAUGGGCGAGCCAGAUUUCUGGGAACCUCCCCUUACCUCCCUCCUCUCAUCUCUGACAUUGUGGGAACAGAACUUGGCUUUGAGUUGUAAAGACGUGACCACUGAGAGGACCUGGUCCAAUGUAAAGACUGAAAUGUGAAGCAAGGAGAUGUGCAUCUGUAUAUUAAACUGUUGUAUGAGACUGUAUGUGAACAUGAUUACUUGAGAGUUGUGGAGUAAUAGGCAAAAUAAAAUAUAUUUACACAAGUC